GUGCAGCAGUUGAAUAAGAGCUUGAGGGCCUCGUAUUAAACUAGGCAGUGCAGUGAUCUGUAGUAUGAGGUAGAGAAGCACAGUGGAACUGAUGGGCACAGAUCUCUGAACUCUCAGCCUGUAGCAAAGAUGGUAAUAAAUCUGAGGGACUUUUACAUGAACACAUUAAUUUACAGAUCAUUGGGAGUGGUCUGGUAUUUUGCUGUGGUCUUCCUUGCCCUGGGGACUGAAGUCCCAUUUGAUGUCACUGUUUGGUUAUAUGUUUACAAUAGACUCCCUUCGAGGAUUGGUUUUCUUACCUUUGCGCAGAAAGUCCUUUUUAAAAAUUUCUUAUGUGACGAUCGGUCAGUUAUUUUUGACUUCCAAAUUGCCAGCGGUUUAGACCAACUGUUUGAUUCAGACGGACCCCAAAAUUGGGUACGUUAAAGGAAAAACAGCUGGGCUGUUGGAAGAAGCGAGAACUAGCAAAGUCUUUGACUGAACUUUAGGGUGAGAACUGCCUGGGACGAAGAAAGCACAAUGGAAGAUGGCUGAAAGCCGCAAAAGACUACUGAGCACCCUGGAUCUGGGUAUCUUUGGACGAGUUCUUUUGAAUUGAUGGAUGUGUGAAACUGCUAAUAUGUAAACCACAAUCUGAUGGAUUUAGUGUGUAAGAGAAACAUGAGGACAGGUUAAAACAGGAGGUAAUCUUCUUGAAGAUGUAAAACUGCAGCACAACAGCAGUAAUGGGACAACCUAUUGCAGAAAGAUGUCGGCUGUGUCAAGACCUCUUCAAACAAGGAGCUGAACCCACAGAAUUAUGUGACCAACAAAGCCUGAGCCUUUUGCUUCACAAUGCAGUCCAGAUCCCUCGGCAGCUGGGUGAGGUACCUUCAUUUGGAGGCAGCAACAUUGAACCAAGUGUCCGCAGUUGCUUCCAACAUGGCCAGAACAAACCAGAGAUUGAUGUUAAACACUUUGUAGAGUGGAUGAGAUUGGAGCCUCAGUCCAUGGUGUGGCUGCCUGUUCGACACCGUGUGGCAGCUGCUGAAACUGCAAAACAUCAGGCUAAGUGUAACAUCUGCAAAGAGUACCCACUCGUAGGUUUCAGGUGCCGCAGCCGAAAACACUUAAAUUAUGACAUCUGCCGAAGCUGUUUCUUUUCGGGACGCACAUCCAAGGGGCACAAGUUACAUUACCCAAUGGUGGAGUACUGCACUUCAACAACAUCAGGUGAAGAUGUGCGUGAUUUCACCAAGGUGCUGAAAAAUAAGUUCAGAUCAAAGAAAUACUUGGCCAAGCAUCCUCGUUUGGGUUAUUUCCCAGUACAAACAGUCCUAGAAGGACACAAUCAUCGCCUUGGAAGCUUCAUCACGAUACUACUUUGCAUUUCUGAAGAGGGAAGAAGAAAUCAACAUGCAAAUUCAAUUCCAUGGUUUUGGAAGUCCCUUUGAGAACACGAUUCAUUUGCGCCGGCAUAAUGCUCUGACCAAGAAAGAAUUGAAGUUUCCACUUGGAAGAAAGAUUCACAUCAAAUUGACUGGUCAAGGAAAUGGGACACUGACUUAAUUGCAUGACAGUUGAAUGGUUCGUUGAGAGUGAGGAACCUAUGGACUCUCACACACCAAGAUGGAAUUUAGUUCGAAGAGUGACUUCAAAAUAGUUGCUUGCUUUUAAAAUC